GCGCCCAUCUCUGCUGUUUGAUGGCCGGAGGAAGAGACUGAUGCGCCGGAGAGAGCCGAGAAAGAGAGGCGAGAGAGAGAGAGAGAGGAAGAAAGGCUAGAGAAGCAGGGUCUGGGCUGAACGAAACAGCGUUGCUUAGAACAACAAACCCAAGAUAUAUAUAUAUAUAUUUUUGUCUUCGCUGCGGUGAACCCUGCCCUUCUCUGCGCCGGUGUUUUUUCCCUUGGCGUAUCGAGAGCUCGGUUCGGGGAGUGCUGUCUGUCUGUCUGUCUGUCGUGUCGGUCGGUCGGAGUGGAGAGGAGAGUCCGGUAUUGCCGUCCCCAGUCAUUGCGAUAUAAACAGCGGGCACCCUGACUGAGAACAGGUCAUCUCUUUCAGAUCUGAGUGUCCCGACAGCAGAAGUGACACGCGCACCUUCAGCACAGCAAAAUGAGUGAACUCGACCAGUUACGCCAGGAGUCUGAGCAGCUCAGGAACCAGAUCAGAGAUGCCAGGAAAUCCUGUGCAGAUGCCACCUUGAGCACGGUCACAGCUAAUAUUGAUCCUGUGGGCAGAAUUCAGAUGCGCACUAGACGAACACUGAGGGGUCAUCUGGCUAAAAUUUAUGCCAUGCAUUGGGGCACUGACUCCAGACUGCUGGUGAGUGCCUCCCAGGAUGGCAAACUCAUCAUCUGGGACAGCUACACCACAAACAAGGUUCAUGCCAUCCCUCUGCGCUCCUCCUGGGUCAUGACCUGUGCGUACGCUCCUUCUGGAAACUAUGUAGCUUGUGGUGGACUUGAUAACGUGUGUUCUAUUUACAACCUGAAAACACGGGAAGGAAAUGUCCGUGUGAGCCGUGAGCUGGCUGGACACACAGGCUACCUGUCUUGCUGUCGUUUCCUGGAUGAUAACCAGAUUGUAACCAGCUCUGGAGACACCACCUGCGCUCUGUGGGAUAUUGAAACUGGCCAGCAGACAACUACAUUUGCUGGCCACACUGGGGAUGUCAUGAGCCUCUCACUUGCACCUGAUACCAGGUGCUUUGUCUCUGGUGCUUGCGAUGCCUCCGCCAAACUUUGGGAUGUCAGAGAAGGAAUGUGCCGACAAACUUUCACCGGACACGAGUCUGACAUCAAUGCCAUCUGCUUCUUUCCUAAUGGCAAUGCAUUCGCAACGGGCUCAGACGACGCCACCUGCAGGCUGUUUGAUCUGCGUGCUGACCAGGAGUUGAUGGUUUACUCUCACGAUAACAUCAUCUGUGGAAUCACAUCUGUAGCGUUCUCCAAGAGUGGCCGUCUGCUGCUAGCUGGAUAUGACGACUUCAACUGCAAUGUCUGGGACUCCCUCAAAGCUGACCGUGCAGGUGUUCUUGCUGGUCACGAUAACAGAGUCAGCUGCUUGGGUGUAACUGAUGACGGCAUGGCCGUUGCAACAGGAUCGUGGGACAGUUUCCUCAAGAUCUGGAACUAAAAAGCCUGAAGAUGGCAUUCGGACUCCAACGUGGCUGGAAGACCAUUCCGACAUAAUUAAAAAUCAUUGCAUAUCCAAUCUACUCAUACUGACUCAAACACCCCCAAAACUACGAAGGGCAAAAUUUUACCUUUCCUUCUCUCGUUUAAAAAGAAGAGCACAACUGUUUAUCACCUAACAAAAGAAGAAUUCCUGUGGUAUUUUAAAGCAAAAAGACAAAAGAUUGUGCAUUUCUUUUGGGACCAUUUUAUGUUUCUGUUUUGAGAGAAAAAGAAAAACACUAUCAUCCCAUACAAAAUGUAACUAGGAAACAAAUGUUUGAGCCUAAUCAUGAAAUGAUCUAACUCUUGCUAGUUUCAUUUUAAAUUUUAGAUCUGUGAGCUUGUUUAACAUUAGUAAUGAAAGCAUUGUUUUAUCACAGUUUAAGGUUUUUAGAAUCCUGUUUGCAGCUGAGUUUAAAAUAAAAAAAUAAGUUACUUGUCUUUCUUUUUUUUUCUUUUUAAAUCAGCUUGAAAACAAACAUAAGGGAGUCCAAGCCCAGCAUUCGGAGCUGUAUAUUUAGUCCCAGAUUUCUUUUCUGUCCUGUGUCACAGAUCUUUGUUUUGCACAAAGAAACUUUGCGUAUGUAGAAUAAUAUUGAAAACGUAAACUAACCAAGCACAUGCUGUUUGUGGUAAUGAAUGCUCGUUUUUAAAAUUAACUUUUUUUUCUUCUCCUUUUUCUGUUGUUGGGUAAUGUAGAAUAACUAAAUGAAGAUGAACCCCUCAAUUUGUUUUGUUUUCUGUUCUGUUGGUUUUCUUUUUGUUUAGGGGGGGUUACAUUUUUACCCCUGUUUACUCUCUGGAGUUUCCUGUUUUUAACAAGAGGUGCCCGUUCCGUGCUUGGAAAUACAGUUAAAACUCUGUGUAUGAAAUCUUGUAUAAAUCAAUGUUUGAAAAUAAUGAUCUUGAACUUUCUAAGUUUAAAAAAAAAAAAAAAAAAAAAAAAAAAAAACUUUUGGUUGUUUGCCAUGGGUGGGUUUACUCUUAGAAUCGCAUGCUGUAGAAUUGCUUAAAAAAAAAAAAAAAAAAAAAAAAAAAAAAAAAAAAAGUGCAUAUGAAACUAAGUCCUUAGAUGUUUUUCUUUAAGAAAAUAACCUGUUAAAACUGUAACCAUUGCCGCUGUAUUCAAUAUUGUUUUGGCUACUGUGCAUACAUCCUUUAAAUUAAAAUGGAAAGCUAUGCACCAAGGAGAAGCACCGUAUAUACAGUGAAAAAAAUAAAACGUACAAGCCUGUUCUUAUGAUCGACAUCUCUGGAAUGAUUCUUAAAGAAAUGAUGAAAAGGUCCAUCCUAUUUGUAACAGAACUCUGGGAGGAAUAUAGUCCAACUCCUACUGCAGUGAAAGAUUUCCAAUACCUGAAUGCUAGAAUCAUUUUGUAACGAACAGGUUUUCUGGCUUUCUUUAAUAUAAAAUAAAAAAAAACGAAGAAAAAAUCGUGCAGCGUUUGGAUGGCAGAAUUUUCUGUUAGUCCCUUUUCACUGGAACGCUCUUUCCUUAGCAAUAGUGGCUUCUUUUUUUCAUUCUGUUUUUUUUCUCUGCGACAUACUGUACAAAAAAAAUGUGCUGUAGUUGUGCGUUAGGCCUGGACUUGGCAAAAAAAUAAAUAAAAUCCCUUUUUCUCUUACUCUCUCUUUCCAUGAAAUAACUGUAGAUCUCUCUGCAUCCCACUGUUCCCUUUUCACCUUUUGUAUUUAAUUUUAAAGUCAGUCAGUGUACUACAGAAAGCUGGAUGCAAGAUAGAUACUAUAUUAAAAUGUACUGUUAUUUAAGAUGUAAUAAAAAGCAGUUUGAGAUGA